GGUGACACCUCUGCACCACCGCGAGGUGGGCGGACUUGAUUAAAACCCCCCACUCCUAUUUCAGACCAGAUCUUUCUUCAUUACUACAUACAGAAAAAAAUAGAAAAAGAAAAGUCAAGAGAUAACUGGUUACUCCGUGUUUCGUGUCCACAUUCUCAUUUUAUUAAUUCGGAAUUGAGUUGAAUUCAAUUAAAUUAAAUCCAAUCCUCCACCAAAGUUGAUUGCCACCAGAUUUGUUACGCGGUUUUAUUAACAAUUACAACUUGCAAAUUGUACGCUCUCAUCUUAUCUCACUUUCCCAAAUUUCUGAACAAAUCUGUUUCGAUUGUUUGUGAAUAGUUGUGAGAACUUGGAUAUAUACAAUGGGAGGAGUUUGUUCUGGAGGGACGGUUAAGAAGAAGACGAAUAAUAAAUCAUUGGAGGUUGAGCAGGAGAAGGCUUCUGGGUUUUCAGGAAAGCUCAAGCCAAUGGGGAGUUUCGGAAAGAAGAAAAAUGAUGAUUCUUACGCAUACCCUGAUGAAAUGGAUGGUUUUGAGAAGGGGCAGCCCAAUCUAUAUGACUCCGGUGAGCUGUACUUGUCUAUUUCAAGAGAAUUGAAGCCAUCAACCCCAGCUAGAACACCAGCAAACAAGGCACCUCAAGUGAGCUCAUUUCUUGGGAAGGCUGGCAUAGUGGGCCUAGAGAAGGCAGUGGAAGUUCUAGAUACACUAGGCAGCAGCAUGACAAAUCUGAACCCUGGCGGAUUUACAAAUGGUGUGGCUUCUAGGGGAAAUCGAAUAUCUAUACUGGCAUUUGAAGUUGCCAAUACCGUUGCCAAAGGUGCAAACUUGUUGCAAUCUCUUUCAGACGAAAAUAUCCAGUUUCUGAAAAAGGAAGUUUUACAUUCAGAAGGGAUACAACAGUUAGUUUCCACAGACAUGAAUGAGCUUCUUAGUCUUGCAGCCUCCGACAAAAGGGAGGAAUUUGAUGUAUUCUCUCGUGAAGUUAUCAGAUUUGGAAAUCUGUGUAAAGACCCACAGUGGCACAACCUAAAUAGAUUCUUUUCAAAGUUGGAUUCAGAUCCCGACGUUUAUAAACAACUAAGAGAAGAAGCAGAAAUGACAAUGCUAGAAUUAUCUACUCUGUCCCAGCAUACUUCUGAAUUGUAUCACGAGUUGCAUGUUUUGGACAGAUUUGAGCAUGAUUAUCGGCAGAAGCUGGAAGAAGUAGCUUCAUUGCACCUCCCUCGAAAAGGAGAGACUCUUACGAUGUUGCAAAGUGAGGUAAAACAUCAAAGAAAACUCGUAAGGAGCUUGAAAAAGAAAUCUCUAUGGUCUAAAAGUUUGGAGGAGGUGGUGGAGAAGCUUGUUGAUGUAGUUACUUUCAUUCAUCAAGUUAUUUCAGAAGCAUUUGGAGAUAAUGGGACGUCAGCUGGAAAGAUGUCCCCAAACAAUCCAGAAAGGCUAGGUGUUGCUGGUCUUGCUUUACACUAUGCUAACAUAAUUACUCAAAUUGACAAUAUUGCAUCACGCCCCACCUCUCUUCCCCCUACUAUGAGAGAUACAUUAUAUAAUGGGUUGCCAUCAACUGUCAAAGCUGCUCUUCGCUCCCAGUUGCAGAAACUUGAUACCGAAGAAGAGCUCACAGUUCGUCAAAUCAAAGCCGAGAUGGAAAAAACUCUCCAAUGGCUUGUUCCAGUGGCGACGGAUACUACCAAAGCACAUCAAGGGUUUGGAUGGGUUGGAGAGUGGGCCAACGCUGGUAACGAGUUCGGGAAGAAAACGAGCACGCAAAAUAACCUGAUUCGCUUGCAAACGCUCUAUCAUGCUGACAAAAAGAAGGCCGACUCCUACAUCCUUGACCUAGUGACUUGGCUUCACCAUCUCAUCAGCCUUGUAAGAUAUAGAGAUAACGGAUUUAAGGCUCUCCCAUCACGAUCUCCAUCUCAUAAGGGAUCGAGUGUAAAUGCAAAAACAUUUAGCAAUGACGGUAAUAGUCACAGAGUCCAACUUUCUCCAGAGGAUAGAAAUUUGUUGGAAGAGGUCAUGAAAAGAAGGAAGUUGGUCCCGGGACUAAGCAAAAGCCAGGAAUUCUUGACUGUGAAGAAGACGAAGAAUAAACUAUGCAAAAGUAGGAGCACUGGGAGCUCUCCCUGGAGAGGAUUGGAACCCCCGAAGGCUAAUGUUCUGGACAUAUUAGAUGGGUUAGAUACAACAUUUAUAGCUCCUAGAGAUCUUAGAUAAAUCAUUCAUGAUUCAUUCUUUUAUUUAAUUAAAUUAUGACUCUGUGUGUGUGUGUGUGUCUGUGUGUCUAUAUGAAUCUCGAGGUAUUAUGUAUAUAGCCUUAUCGAUAAUGACAUAUUUUAGCACGAUACUCAGACGUGGAAAUUUUGUACUUUGAUCAACCCGAAGAAAAUAUUGUUACGUUUGA